AGGAAAAGUUACUGGCCGCCCCAGUUUUUAGGAGAAAAAAAAAGAACUGAAAUGGUGAACCAAUGUACACCAGCUCCUUUCUUGGAAAUGGCAAGCCACAGAAGAAAACUGAACAGACGAUGGUCUGCAAGUCGCUUGCUUUCUUUUAUCUUUAUCUUCUUUUGUUCCUCUCCUGUAUAUUGCUAUGCUGGAGAUACUCUUAAGCAUGGCCAGUCUAUUGUUUUCAACAAAACUCUUGUCUCCGCUGGGGAAAAGUUUGAACUGAGAUUCUUUACCACUACCAGCAUUAACGCCACAGGCCCCCAAAGUUUCGUUGGAAUAUUCUAUCAUCAACGGGAUCUAGAUUCACCUGUAUGGGUUGCCAACCGGGACAACCCAUUGCUUAGGAAUUUCACUGGUGUUUUUCGAAUUGCAGAAGAUGGAAACCUCAAGGUAUUGGACACCGCCGGGAAAGAAUAUUGGUCUACAGGUCUUGAUGAGAAUUCCUCCUCUACAAAUCGAGCUGUGAAGCUCAUGGAUUCUGGAAACCUGGUAUUAAGCGAUGAUGAUCACAUGGAGACGAGUCUGUGGGAGAGCUUCAAAAAUCCAACCGAUACUUUUCUUCCAGGUAUGAAGAUGGAUGAAAAACUAACAUUAACUUCAUGGAAAGGCAAAGAUGACCCUCGAAGUGGGCUAUACACGUUUAAGCUAGAUCAAGAAAGAGAGGGCCAAUAUGUUGUCAUAAAACAAUUCGUGUACUGGAAAAGUGGGAUGGCAAGAGGUAAGUUCCCGAGCUCGGAUGACAUAAUUCCUCCUGCCAUAGCCAACCUGUUAUCCAAUUUCAGCAACAGCGUCAUACGUAACUUUCUGAAAAACACAACAAAACAGCUGCCGACUAAUGGAGGUUUAGAUUUCACAAGGCUGGUAAUGAAUAACACUGGGCAGUUACAGUAUCUGACCUGGGAUGUGUCGGAACACAUUUGGUCUUUAACAUGGUCGAAACCGGAAGACGAAUGUGACAUUUAUAACUAUUGUGGGAAAUUCGGGAGCUGCAAUAUUAACAAUUGGCCUUUAUUAUGCAAAUGUUUGCCGGGUUUCAAGCCUACUAACCCUUUUGAUUAUUGGCAUUCAGGAGAUUUUUCUGGUGGCUGCACAAGAAAUUCGGCAUCAACUAAGUUCGAUAAAUUCUUGAGCUUAAAGAUGAUGAAAGUGAGCGACCCCGACCCAAAUUUAGGUUCCAAUGUAGCGAAUAAAACAGAAUGUGAAACGAAAUGUCUUGAAAAUAGCCAGUGCGUCGCAUAUUCAUAUCAGCAAGCUGAAAACAGCACGCAAAGAGGUGAGACAACUACUAGUGUUAGUGACAACAUCUGCGGGAUUUGGAUUGAUCUUUUAGAUAAUCUUCAAGAGGAGUAUCCGAACCAGGGUCGUAAUCUCUCUCUUCGCGUAGCAAAAGCUGACAUAGAAUCAACUGCGAGGACUUGUAAGCCUUGUGGCACAUAUACGAUCCCCUAUCCCUUGAGCACGGGACAAGAUUGUGGUGACCCCAUUUACUUCAUUUUCGACUGCAACACCUCGUCAGGCCAGUUUAGCUUCAAGGCACCCGGUGGCGCCCAUCGUGUUGUUAGCAUCGAUCCAAUUGCACAAAACUUUGUCAUCCAAGUCGAAUUCCAAGAAUAUCCUUAUGCUAGAAAUUCAGCAAUAAUUCCGUCGCUCAAUAAGUCAUUGCCAUUUUUUUCGACUGGCACUUUGAUUACUGAGGUAGGCAACUCCACUGAUCAAUUGGAAGGCAGAGCGGAGCCUUCUAGAUCACAAAGGAAAAAUAUAGUCGGCGUAGAGUUUAGUUGGAAGCCACCAUUAAUGGAGCCAACCUGUACUUCAUCCCAGGGCUGCAAGGAUUGGCCAAAUUCAACUUGCAACGCAGCCAUAGAUGGAAAGCUGAGGUGCCUUUGUCAUUCAAACUUCCGAUGGGAUGGCUCAAAUUUGAAUUGUACUAAAGGAGGUGAUUUUCCUAAGUCUUCAGAAGAGCCUUCGAAAGAGCCUUCAAAAGAUCAGCCUUCAACGAGAAAGAUUCCAUUGACCUUGAUUGUUGCGUUACCUCUUGCAUGUGUGACUGCUCUCGCUUGUAUCAUUAUUUACAUGUGGAUAAGAAAGAUGGCCAAGAGACAAGAAGUUAUAAGAAGUGAUAAAAGAGAUCGAGCACUUCGCCCAUUAGACAGUGAAAGGCAUGUCAAAGACUUGAUAGACUCGGUUGAGCCCAUAGAAGAAGAUGGGGAAGGCAUUGAAGUACCUUUUUUGGAUCUGGGAAGUAUACUAGCCGCUACAAAUAACUUCUCAGAUACAAACAAGCUCGGACAAGGGGGCUACGGGCCUGUUUACAUGGGUACAUUUCCAGGAGGUCAAGAAAUUGCUGUAAAGAGGCUCUUAUGUGUAUCAGGACAAGGCUUCCAGGAAUUUAAAAAUGAGGUGGUGUUGAUUUCAAAACUCCAACACAGGAAUCUUGUUAGACUUCGAGGAUAUUGCAUAAAGGGAGAUGAAAAGAUUUUACUCUAUGAGUACAUGCCCAACAAAAGUUUGGACUUUUUUCUAUUUGAUCAAAAUCUGAGCAUGCUUUUGGACUGGAAGAUCCGCUUCAACAUUAUCUUGGGAAUAGCUAGAGGACUUCUUUAUCUUCACCAAGACUCCAGAUUGAGGAUCAUCCACAGAGAUCUGAAAACUAGCAACAUUCUUCUAGAUGAGGAGAUGAACCCCAAAAUAUCCGAUUUUGGUUUGGCAAGGAUUGUUUCAGGCAAAGAAACUGGGGAUAACACAACCCGAGUAGCUGGAACUUGUGGCUAUAUGUCUCCGGAGUACGCAUUAGAUGGACUUUUCUCGGUCAAAUCCGAUGUUUAUAGUUUUGGUGUAGUUCUUCUUGAGAUUAUAUGUGGAAAAAAGAACACAGGAUUUUAUCGGUCUGAAGAAGCCAUGAGCCUUAUAGCUUAUGCAUGGAGAUUGUGGGUAGAAAACAAGGUGUUGGAUUUAAGGGACCAGAACUUGCGUGAGAGUUGCGAUGUUGAUCAGUUGGUGAAAUGCGUUAAUAUUGCAUUCUUAUGCGUACAAGAAGACCCAAGUGACCGCCCCACCAUCUCAAAUAUUGUUACCAUGCUUGACAGUGAGACUGCGAUGGUUCCAAAUCCGAAACAACCAGCUUUCAUUCUAAAGAGAGGCCUUUUUAGCACAGCAAGUUCUUCUAGUCGACCGGAGACACAUACAGAAUUGACCAUUAGUUCAGGAGAAAUACAAAAUGAAUGAUGUGGUGAUCGUGCUGUUUCUAUGCAACUUACUCUGAUUUUAGCUGUAUUCUUGCUGGAAAUUUAUUUGUGUGAGUCUUAACAUUCAUACAUUUUACUCUGUUAUGAAUUUCUUUGUGGGUUUGGAAUUACAUACCCACUUAAUAA